GCGGCGGCGGCAUGCGCAACAGCAGCAGCGGACUGCGGCCCGGGCCCUGCUGCGGUGGCCCGUAGCGCGCGCGCGCCGCCGAGACCACACCGCCUCCACCAUGGCAUCGCCCACCGACGGCAAGCGACCGCCGCACGAGGAGAUCACCUUCACGCCGCCCGACCACAGUCACUGCUACUGGUGGCUCCACCGGACGAGCUUGGAACGGGCGCUCACGGUCACGUGCGUGCUGCUGCUCGUGGUCACCGCGGUGCUCCUCGUCGUCCACCUCAUAGCCGCGUCGUCAGACGAACCUCGGUGGGAACUACCGCCGCCUUUAACCAGGAAUACCUGCUACACUCCAGAAUGCAUCCGAGCGGCGGCGGCCAUCUUGGAGCGUGCCCAGAUGCACCGCGACCCGUGCGAGGACUUCGACGCGUUCGCGUGCGGCAACUUCGUCCACCAGCACUCGGCGCCGGACGACCACUACUACACCAACGUGCUCAUCAGCAUGCAGGACACCAUCUUCGUCCGGCUCAAGAAGCUUCUCGAAGAGCCAACCAGUCUUAACCGGACUUCGGCCGUGAGCAAAGUGAAAGCGCUGUACAACUCAUGCAUGAACACCAGCAGCGUGGAGGAAGGGUCGGUGGCCAAGCUGAAGGAGCUCCUCCUGGACGACUACCUCGGUUCGUGGCCCACACUGGAGAGGGGCUCCCGCCACAAGCCCAUGACGAGCACGUCGCUGGCGCUCGAGCGGCGGCUGGCGCUUUUGCGUGUGCACGGCGUCGAGCCAUUCUUCCAGCUCCACGUGGGCCAGGACGAGCGAAACACCUCCAUGCACGUCAUACAGAUAUUCAGCGGGUCCCCCGUGCUCCGAAGCGAGUACUACCUCAACGAGACGGACGACAAGUGUCGCGAGGCUCUCCGCCUCUACCGGGAAAUCCUAGCGCAGUCGGCCAGGCUUCUCGGCGCCAAGGACCCGGAGAGAGACGUCGAAGAAGUCAUCGACUUUGAAAUACAGUUUGCCAACGUAUCCCACUCCAGCGAAUUCGACGGAUCCGGGUCCAGCGGAGCAGCAUCCAAUGGCAGCGCGGCCAAUGACUCGUCCGCAAACUACGACUCGGGCAUGAUCAGCGUCACACUGGCAGAACUGCACGACAUGGCGCCAGAGUUGAACUGGACCCAUCUCUUGCGAAUAGUCAUGGACUACGCAGGACUGCAACAGACCGACGAGUCCAGCAUCAACCUGACCAUCGAGAACGACAGCAACUACAUGCGCCGGCUCUUUGACCUGCUCAACAAGACCAGUCCCCGGACGCUGGCCAACUACCUGUCGUGGCGGUUCGUGAUGGCGUACAUGCCGUACCUGGACGUGCACUUCCGGCGGCUGUACCUGGACUUCCGGCGGCGAGUGCCGCGCCCCCACGAGGAGCGCACCUACCUCUCGCGCUGGAAGGAGUGCGUGCGCCUGCUCAGCGACAGCUUCAGCAUGCCCCUGGCGGCGCUGUUCGUGCGGCAGGACUUCGCCUCGUCGGCCACCGACGACCAGGUAGGAUUGCUGAUUGACGAGAUCAAGAAUGCCUACGUGGAAACCUUUCCGCGGCAGAGUUUCCUCGAUGAAAAGACUAAGGAACUCUGUCGUGAGAAGGUAGCCGCUAUGGGACAAAAAGUGGGCUUCCCGAAGUUCAUCUUGGAUCCGGUUGAACUGGACAAAGAAUACCAUGACCUUGAAAUAGACGACGAUCACUUUCUCGUGAACAUUCUCAAGGUACGACGCUUUGAGUUUGCCAGAGAUUUCUCCAAGAUUACGAAGCCUGUCGAUAAGGAAAAGGAGUGGGCGACAAAUCCCCUGAUCGUAAACGCGUUCUAUGACAUCCGAGGCAACUACGCUAUUUACCCAGCCGGGAUCUUGCGUUCCCCCAUGCUCAUUCUCGACAGGCCACAGUACCUGAACUUUGGCACCAUAGGCGUCGUCAUUGGACACGAGAUUACCCACGGCUUUGCCGGUUUCGGCAAGAAAUUUGACAAGCAUGGGAAUUUCACCAACUGGUGGCCUGACGAUGCGCUGGAGCACCUUCGGCAACGUGCAAACUGCUUCGUCGAACAGUUCUCACAGUUUCCCCUUUGGAACUCCGGUCUUUACGUGAACGGUAACACGACGCUCGAAGAGAACAUCUGUGACUCGACGGCCGUGAAGCAAGCCUAUUACGCAUACAAGAGCUGGGCUGCGAAGCAUGGGCAAGAGCCGCGAUUGCCGGGCCUGGGACUGACCAACGAACAAGUAUUCUUUGUUCAAUACGCCCAGAUCUGGUGCGAAGUCGUGAGUGAUGAAGGCUACAAGAAGUACGAGACUGAAACGCACAGUCCUGGCAAGUACAGGUCCAACGGUGCCUUGCAGAACUUCGACGAAUUCGCGAAGGCUUUUCAUUGCCCGCUCGGGAGCUACAUGAACCCGGAGAAGAAAUGCUCGCUCUGGGACUGAAGGCGCUCUCCCUCCUAACGAGGCCCAGGAGACGCACGACGUCUCUCACUCUAACCUCCCCCCUCUCCUCCAACACUGGAACCGAAAACCUCAAAGCGCACCAUAUACGUACGUGCCCAGUGCGUGUGUGGAGACGCUUUUGUUUUUGUUGUUUUAUUUUGCUUUGUCUUCCUUCAAGUGACGUCUCCUCGAGUUUGUGACGUCGAACGGUGACGUCGCACCUUCUGGCUGUGACGUCGAGCCGACGGUACCGUCACCGUGCCAAUGCGGCCGGCGGGACAACGUCUACAAGUGCCCUACGAUGCACAUCCCUACUUGUAGUUAGAUGAACGUGGACCAAAGCUCGUUACUUCGUGUGCCGCCCGGGGUAGGAAGAAAAGACAGGCCCUAUCUCGUUAGCUUUGUUGGGCCUUACAAGCUGUAUGACGUUACUCCGUGUCAUUUCAGAGCAUUUACCAGGGUUCUUCACCUGCACCAGUUGCGGAACAGCUUCCAGGCUCUAUGUUUCAGAAAACGGCAAGCCGAUGAACCCACAAGACCGACGAGUCUAUGAAAGCAACAUGCAUGCGAUAUUCACUGUGAACAAAGAGAAAGGAAGAAGCACGCAACGAUGAAACCUGUGAUUAACACAUAAUGGUUCUUAACUACGAGUUUGCGAAAUUUGGCGACUGGAGUGCUGGCUGUUGGGAAAUUUUAGCCAACAGAAAACGACGAGAAUUAAGAAAGGCAAAAACAAUUUCAAAAGCGGUAUGAAACGGCAAUGCACUAUCAAAAUAAGUCACAAUGGUGCCUGCUUAAUUGAGUCUAUUCAUGUGGGGUGAACGUUACCUCACUGCAAUUUGUCAAACACUGUAAAAGAAUUUAGCAGUGUAGUUUCGAAGCUGGUACGCUUAAAGAACUCAGUGUCGCCCUGCGCUGCGGUCACCUGUUUUUCAUAGCACCUGGUGCCACGUGUUUUAAUCCAUGGUUGUCAUGUUGAUAAGCGUGCCGGCAAGGCUAUAGUUUUGGCUUCACGCGAGCGUUAUUCCAGCACAGAAAAAAAAAAGAGAUCGAAACUUUCUUACUAGGAACUAUCGUGGUGCGAAGCAUUAUACAGUGGCUCACUGUGGCGCGUUUGCGAGUUGAGCGUUCUUGCUCCUAUUGUUCCGUUAGAUUAAGGUAGUGCUGCCUAUCCCUGGCCGUUCUGGCGCAUGAGGUGCAAGCAACGCUCAGCUUCUUUGGUCGAGGCACGUUGGCAGUCCUAUAGCAGAAGCAGCUGUGGAUAAUACCCCUUAAACUUCGUAAAGUAAUGCCACGCUUUGAAGAAUGCCACCUCCUCCUCGCGCACUCUGGCCGAGGCUGACACCACGUCGCUAUUGGCCUAGCAGCAUCACGUGGGGCCUCGCGUCGUGCAUUAGCGCCAUUUUUGCUCGAUAAGCGUCUGCGGAGUGGCGAGGAGCGCUGUUGGCGCUUUUGCUACGCUCGAGCGGUGUAGGCAGUGCCACGGUCGAGGAGGGAGCGUGAAAGAGAGGAGAAACGAGGAGAGAUGAAGGCGGAGGAGGAGAGUGUCGCUACUUUACGAAGUUUAAGGGGCUUUAGCUGUGGAGAGUGGCGACCGGUGUCCAAUCAUUGCACCAAUGAGGGCGCUCCUCCGCGCUAGCUGCGCGCCAGUUGCACGGUAGGUGCGCCUCUAAAGCGUAAAGGAGGCGGAGCUUCGCACUUUUGUUGCGGCUCACGUGCCCUUCGUGCUCAGAGAAUAGCGAAAUUCUCGUAUAGUCACGUGAGUCAUAUUAAAUGAACCGUUACUACAUAUACGACACAGAUUGGCUAUUUUGAAACUCCUAAUUUAGCUUAUCACUUCACACUCCUCGCAAAACGAAACAAUUUAGUUUUAUUUUAAAUUUCUUUAAAUAACCACUGCAUAUAUCCUCAUUAUUUUUGGCUAUUACAGACGUUAUUAAGUUUGGUUUAGAAUUAUAACAUCAUUUUGCCGGAUUUGUGAGCGGGAAAUUUUUUUUAUGGUGAACUAAAAAAUUGAAGAUGACCUUGCUGUGAGCUUCAUAUAUAUAAUGCUUGGCAUUAAACAAAAAGUAAGAGAGACAAAUCGUGCAAACGUGAACCGCGCAUUCACUGUUCGCCAGGACGGCUAUGACCCAAACUGUAUCACAGCACUGAUUAGCGGUACUGCGUGCGCAUUUCGUUGCUUCAUCGUUGUUCCCACGUGUGGUUCUCAAAGAGAUGUAGGGUGUUGUUGACGCUGGUUUGCACCACAAGCAUUGCUUUUUCCGGAAAGGUGUUUUCAGACAGAUGGGGCCUGUUUUAGUGCACAAGCAGUGUUGCUGAGUGACAGGCGUGUAAGAGAGAUAUGAACGCACUAAAGAAAGCCUGAAAUCGGGCCUGAUUGGACUUCUCCGUUGGUGAUGUCCAAAGUGCAUCGAUUCGAGAGCGUUCCGACUCACUCGCGCAAUGAUGCUUCUGAUUGCAAGUAGAUAAUAGAGGAGAGGGCACGAGAACUGUGACUCAUGACAGUACCCCAAACCGCCAAGUUGUCUGAACAAAAGAUAAAAAAAAGAACAGAACAGAAGGGAACAAUAUUUCGUCAAAACCUAAGCACUCGUCCUCGAAUAAAGAGAGUUCAGUGUGUGCUUCUAUGUACAGUGGUCACACUAUUCAUAUAAAUUCUUAGCUUUUCGGCGAGCUUGUGAGACAGCUUGAAAUUCUCGCGAUUUCCUUGGUUCGAAAGAUAUUUUUGCAGUCGGUUGUACAUCAUGUCAAGAAGCCGUGAACAGGAACUCGCGUUUUAUGAAGCGCUUUUCAACUUCGUGAAUACUUCGUCAUCGCUUCGCAGAUAAGUCUCGGAUAGGUCUUGACUUUGGCACAUUGCACUCGUCGCUAUUCGGCCUCAGAUAGGCGUAACGCCCUGUUCACCAAAUGGAAUACAUUGCAAAAUUCGUUACACUGCAUGAAAUUCUUGCCACAAAAUAUGUGGACGGGUCAUGAAGGAACUCCCAGACAACCGUUGGCGCUUGCCAUACACAGUGGCGUAGCUAGGUCUUCUGGCACCCGGGGCCCAUAGGUCUUCUGUCAUAC